AUGGUCCUCAUCUUCACCUUCUGCCUGAUUCUAGCUGGUACUGAUGCUGUAACUACAGUAACUGGAUACAGAGGACGAUCAGUUCAGAUUAAAUGUCCCUACACAUCUGGAUAUGAAAAGAACAACAAGUAUCUCUGCAGAGGUGAAUGUCCAUCUGUGGGGAAUAGAGACGUUCCUGUUCAGUCUGGAUCUCCUGCUAAAGACUCCAGAUUCUCUCUGUAUGACGACACAACAGCCAGAGUCUUCACCGUCAACAUCACUGAUCUGAGACCAGAGGAUGGAGGAACUUACUGGUGUGGGAUAGAGCGGGCAGUAAGUGAUAUUUACACAGAGGUUUUAUUGCUGGUUAAAACAGCUGGUACUGAUGCUGUAACUACAGUAAGUGGAUACAGAGGACGAUCAGUUCAGAUUAAAUGUAACUACACAUCUGAAUAUGAGAAGAACAACAAGUAUCUCUGCAGAGGUGAAUGUUCCACCUGGGACCUUAAAGACGUUCCUGUUCAGUCUGGAUCUCCUAAUAAAGACUCCAGAUUCACUCUGUAUGACGACACAACAGCCAAAGUCUUCACCGUCACCAUCACUGAUCUGAGACCAGAGGAUGCAGGAACUUACUGGUGUGUGAUAGAGCGGGCAGGGAAGGAUAUUUACAAAGAGAUUCUACUGCUGGUUAAAACAGAUAAUCUCACCAGCAGUACUGUCUCACACACC